AACAGGCUCAGUCUCCCAAAUCCACCCAAUGCUCUGGUCGCUCAGAUUUGCAGGUCGCUCUGACCGGCUUGGCGCAGGGGCUCGUUCAGUGCACGCCAGCGCUGUCCGUCCCGCACCAUCGACCAUGCCUCGUAGUUUGCCGAAUAGUCUGCCCAGUCACUUGCACGAGUCGCAUACGAGUACGGCCGGCAGACUUCCAAAGCCAAACAAGGUUCCAUCCAGGUUUGUGGCCACUUCGGUCAUCACCACCGGUUCAGCUGCUGUUGCUGCUGCUGCGUCCUGGCAACAGCGUCGAUCGGCAUUCGGACAGGCGCAUCUGACAAGAACAAGAGGCCUUUCCAGCGUGGCCGGGUUGGCUUUCACAUACAACUCAAUGUCCUCGAAUGCGACGGAUGCGAAACAGCAACAAGUGGAGCGACUGCCGCUCAUGACGCUCGAUCCAACGAAAACAAUGCCUCAGAGUGCACGGGCCACAGACGAGCAAAUCCAGCAACUAGCCGAAUUUAUUGAACAGGCACCCAAGAUUGUCGUAUUGACCGGCGCAGGAAUAUCCACCGAGUCCGGCGUCCCAGAUUACCGAUCGCCUGGAGUGGGCUUGUAUGUCACUUCGUCACACAAACCCACGCAGUUCCGCGAAUUCGUCAUGAGCGAAACAAAGCGACGGCGAUACUGGGCUCGAAACUACGCUGCUUUUCCUUCGUUUGCUCAAACGCGACCAAACAUUUCCCACGAUGUGCUUGCACGGCUCGAGGAGACGGGCAAGAUCAACUUCAUCAUCACUCAAAAUGUGGAUUCGCUGCACUCGCACGCGGGAAGCAAACACGUGCUGGAGCUCCACGGCAACGGCAGCGAGGUUGUUUGUUUGUCUUGUCGUGAUCGGACACGCCGUUCUGAUCUUCAGGUGGUACUCGAGCGGCUCAAUGCCGAGUGGUCUGCCACAAUCACUGGAUUUACUCCCGACGGCGAUGUGAAUCUGGUCGAUGCCGGAUCCAUCUAUAGCUCCUUCCAGUUUCCCGAUUGCUCCAAGUGCGGUGGGCUACUCAAGCCUGAUGUUGUGUUCUUUGGCGAGAACGUUCCAGCGGAAACGGUCGAACUCGCGCGCCAGAAAAUCCGUGACGCCGACGCGCUCCUCGUCGUCGGUUCAUCGUUGACAGUCUUUUCCGGGUUUCGCUUUGCCAAGUAUGCACAGGAGCUUGGCAAGCCCAUCGGCAUUAUCAACAUCGGAGCAACGCGCGCCGAUGACAUUGCGACGUUCAAGAUUGAGUCACACAUUGGGGAUGUUCUUUGGCGGACCUACCAGCAGCUUCAGCUUUGAAGUGGGGGCUGUGGAUUGAUGUUUGUUGGCUGAUUGUCGUUUCAAAGUGUAUCAGAGUGCGAGACAAAAGUGCAUUGUAGUUUUUGAACAAAACGAAUGAAGAG